AUGUGCGUUGGGCAGACAGAGCUGCGUCUCAUGGUGUUUUGUCCCACCCAAGAGGAGACUCUGAGAAGCGAGUCUGAGGCAGAGAUGGCAGAAGAAGCAACAAAUUCAAACGAGGACUCGUCCGAGGAGACGGAGGGCCUGGGGCCUCUGGAGCCAGAAGACAGGGGUAUGUUCCAACAAGUCACCAACCUCCUCGACAUCAUGGACAGCAAGUCGGCUGACACAGACACGGUGGGGCCAGGCCCCGACAUGCGGAAGACGCUGGCCUCGGUGAUAAUCACAGAGAAGGCCACCUCCAAGCCCUCGGUGGUGCUGAGUGCGCUCAUCUGCUGCCUGCGGGUGCCGAAGAUUCCCACCCAGCGCAAGGUCAACAUCUACAACAUCCUCCAGGAGAUCAUCCAGCAGGAGGGGGAGCUGGAGGAGCAGUGUGUGCAGAGGCUGGUGGCCAUCGCCUCCCGGGAGAUGAGGGAGAGCCUGGAGGUGGACGGCUACGUGAGGGCAGAGGUGGCCAGCGACACCCUGGUGGCCCUGUCCCGAAACCACUUCAGCAUGGUCAUGUAUGAGCUGCAGCACCACCUCAAGCCCCUCGACCUCGCGGAUGAGUUUGUCAUUGUCACCCUGGCGAAGCUGGCCAACGGCAACGUGUUUGAGUUCAUGCCGUACAUGGGCAUCACCCUGGCUACCAUCUUCACCAUGCUGAGGCUCGCCAAUGAGGCCAAGAUGCGGCAGGUGAUCUGUGGCGCCAUGGAGACCUUCUGUGAGACUGUGCAGUUUUAUCUGAAGCACCUGGAAGACAGUGUGUACCCCGUGAUGACCGAGGACCAGUUCGCCGUGAAGCUCUUCCCGAUGUACCGCUAUUUUGUGACUGUGUGGCUGAGGAAUCACAACCCCGAGGUGAAGCUGGGGGUCAUCAAGUCCCUGAAGCCCAUGCUGAACCUCCUCCUGCCCCACGAUGACCUGCGGGAGCAGGUGUACGACUACAUCCCGCUGCUGCUGGCCGAGUACCAGGGCGGCCUGGAGGCCCUGUUCAUCACACAGGUCUUGAGACAGAUCCUGGAAGUGUCGGUCAUCACCAACACCCCGGUACCCCAAAUGCAGCUACACACCAUUUUCACAGAACUGCACAUUCAGGUGUGUGCCAAGGCCCCUGCCCAGCAGCAGUACAGCAGCCAGAACUUGACAGAGAUCGUCCACUGCUUCAUAGCUCUGGCCCGCUCCUACCCCAAGGAGCUGAUGAAGUUCUUCCUCAGCCAGAUGGAGGUGAGCAAGGAGGCUGUCCGCGUGGGCACCUUGACCCUGAUCAGGGCGGUGGUGAGCGCAGAUGAGCCCAAGAUGAGCAUCAGGACCAUCUACCUGGCCAUCCGGGUGGUCAAGCACACCCUCUCCGACACCCGGUCCAAGGUGCGGAUGGCCAUACUCCGCAUCAUCGGUCAGCUGGCGCUGUCUGGCUUCCAGGACAGGAUCAAGGGCUGGGGCCUGAAGUACGUGUCCAUGCAGCUGACCCAGUCCACCUACAAGCUGACAAACCGCCGGGAGAGUUUUUAUCAGAGGGACUUGGAGGAGAAGAUGGUCCACAAGGUCACCAUGGACACCGUGAGGGUCAUCACCUCUUCUGUCAGUGGGAUGACCAGCGAUUUUUGGGUCAGGCUCCUGUGUUACAUCAUGGAGACGGAUUACACAGAGGCCUUGACCCCCAUCUGCAUCAGCCUCACAAACCUGGCAGAGCACCAGCUCCUCAGCAAGGACGCGGAGGACCCCGCGCCGGGCAGGAGCAGACACGUGGACCUGCCUGCGCCGCAGAAGCUGCUGGCCCGUCUGCUGGUGCUGAUGUCGUCCCCCUACAAGGGCGAGGGCCGCGGGAUAGCCAUGCUGAACCUCCUGAAGACCCUGAGCCAGAGCAUCGCGCCCUCCAUGGCCGACGUGUGGGAGCUGGAGAUCCCGCUGCUGGUCAAGUACCUGGAGGAACACACUGAGUUUACCUGGACUCAGAAGACCUGGGAGGACAAGCUGAUUCAGUUCCUGAGAAACUCUCUCAGGAAGACCCGGGGUUCCAGCUGGAGCCUGCGCCUGAGCAAGGAGCUCAACAACCAGAUCGAGAGCUUUGACAGCCCCUCCCUGGAGAAGGGCUUUCUGUACCGGGCCUUGGGCUUCACCUUGGCCUCGGGGCUGGAGGCCGACAAGGUGGAGGUGCUGCUGCUCGAGCUGCUGUACAAGACCGACUACAGCAACGACUUCGACCGGGAGGGCGUGAUCCAGUGCUUCGGCCUGUGUGCCCGGGGCCAGGUGAAGACGGUUCUCAAAGUGCUGCAUGACUUCGAGGAGAGGAUCCAGGAGUCGGAGCAGUCCUGGCAGAUCGGGGCUUGGCGGAAGGACCACCCCUGGAGGCGGGAGGCGGUGAAGAGCGCCCUCAUGGUGACGUACAGCUGCGUGGCCUUGCACUGCCACCCGCAGGUGCUCCUCGCCCACCUGGACAGCCCCAUCGCGGCCAAGAUCAUCCACCACUACUCCAGCAGCUGCCAGGGCAUCUGCCUCAAAAUGGCCUUCCUGAAGAGUGUGGUGCAGGUCACCAGCGCCAUCAGAAACAUCAGAGACCCCGAGGACUUUCACUUUUCCCAAAAGGCGACGCUCACUGGCAUUAUUGUGGCCAUCAUCAAGGCGGAACCCACGGACACCCUGGCUUCCCCCGUGCGGACCAUGGCGCUGGAGGCCCUCACGCACCUGAGCACCCUGAGGCCUUUCUACUCCACAGAGGAGAGCAGCGAGCUGAUGGACAUCAGCUUACAUGCUGUGAUUUCUCUCCAGCCCCCAGCAGAGGACAAUGAGUCCAUUAAGACCUUGUAUGCGAACGCCCUGCACGCGCUGGAGCAGCUGAUGGGGGGGCUCAUGCAGCGGCAGCUGGACCCCAGGGGGCUGCAGGACAUGGUGCACCUCCUGGAGAAGUGGAUCUUGUCGGAGAGAGCGUGGGAGCGGGAGAAGGCCACGCGCCUGCACCUUCAUCUCCUGCAGCUCUACAUGCAAAGCGUCGGCGUCUGUAUCCCCUUGAAGCUGGGGCAGUUUGGCAUGCUGGUGGGGCUCAUUGCCCCCUGCACCUGUGACUCUCACAGGAGGACGCGCAUGACCUCCAUGGACAUCCUGUCCAGCUUGCUAGACCUGCACGCAAGCCAGACCUGCUCCCCAUGGGGCGCUUCCAAGGAGCUGGAGCUGGCGAAGUGUAGGGAGGAUCUCCAGGACCUGGACGGGGAGAAGGUUCUUUGCGCGUCCUCCAGAAUCGCCAAGGUGGCAUGCCUGGAGUUUAACUGCGACGAGGUGGUCUCGCUCAUCCAGAAGCUGUGUGAGAACAUCGGGGCCAUGGGCCUGCAACACGACAAGGCCUCCGUCACCUGGAUCGGCACCUUCCUCCAGAUGCGGGUCAAGGAGCUGGAGGACAAGGUAGCGGAGAUCCUGGGCGCCAUCCUGGCGCACCUGCCCGUGGUGGACCACCGGGCGGUGCGGCGCCUGCUCACCGAGGGCCUCCUGCUGCUGGCCCACUACCACCAGGAGCCCGUGCUCACGUCGCUGCUGAGGCAGCCCCUGCCCAUGGAGAGCCACCUGGCAGAGGUGUGGCUGGCCGUGGCGGAGAACGUGCCCUUGGCCCGCGCAAUGCUCCACGGACUGAUGGGCCGUCUGCAGGCGAGGUUCUCGCCCAGGGCAAGAGCCACCUCCAAGGCGGACGUCUGGCGCCUGGCUGCGGUGGACCCGCUGAUGACCCUCUGCACCAUCCACCUCCUGAUCCAAAAGAUAGACGAGGACGACAAGCUCCCGGACCUCUUCCCGGACCUCGUCUACACGCUCCUGCUGCAACUCAGCAGCAGGCAGGGUCCGGAGGCCGGGUCGCCGGUCCUGAAGACCUGGAGGCUUGUCCACACCGGGACCCUGCCCGAGGAGAUCAACCUGCAGAGGAUCACCAUCCAGUCCAUGCAGCUUUUGUUUAAGAGGCUCCAGAGUGAGCAGCUGCUUCAGAACCUGGAAGAGCAGGGCGUGUGGGGGCUCCUGGGGAGCAGCGCCACCUUCCUGCAAGGAGUGGGUGUGCUGGCCAGGCUGUGCGUGGGCCACGUGCAGGGCCACAGGCAGCGGCUGUCGGAGCUGGUGCUCAGAGGCAUGGCCUCCGAAGUCCUGAGCUGCCGCGUGAGCAGCACCGCCGCUUCCUUCCAGUUCAUGAGCGACCCGAUUCUGUACCAGGAGAAGCUGCUGAAGCCCGCGGUGCUGCUGCUGGAGAAGGGCGUGGACCAGGAGGACGAGGUGCUGCAGGUGCUGUCCCUGCGUGCUCUCGGCAACAUGGCUCUCGGCGCCCCCAAGAAGGUGCGGCGGUACCGGGAGCUCUUACUGGACAAGUGUCUGGGCUCCCUCGGGGAGCGGGCGAGCCCCAGCGUGACCUCUGAGGCCAUGGAGGCCCUGGCCAAAAUCCUGGCGGAGCUCCGGGAGGGAGACAUGGGCUGCUUCUUCGAGGCCAUCUCGGCGCGGUGCAGGGCCCUCUUCGACAGCGAGAGCGAGCUGCUGCGUUUCAAAGCCUUCGUGCUCUUUGGGAAGCUGGCGAAGAGGGUAAAAAUUUCCAAGAAGCGUUUCUUCAAGGAGGAAGUGAAGAAAGCCUGGGUCCCCCUCAUGCUGCACUGCCAGGACCCUUGCCCUGAGGCAGCCCAAGCCUGCGCGGCCACCAUGUUUCAGUGUCUGCACUUCUGGGGCUGGAGGGCCCUGGAGGGCCCGUGGAGCCCCCGUGGCACCAGCGCAGCCGAGGACCUGACGGCUUUCCAGGCAGCCCUGUGCUCCGUGCUGACUCAGAAGAAGCCCGAUGUUCUCUACGGCUUCCUGCUCCAAACAGUGACGUAUGUUAAGAGCAGCUUGUCCAGGAUCAGAAUCGCGUCUUGCAGCCUGGCAGGGGUCAUUCUGAAGCACAUGUCCGCGCAUUAUCUGAGGAGGCUGGACCUGCCGGAGCUGCGGAACUCUCUCCAGGAGCUGCAGCUGGACUCGGACCCCGGCGUCCGGAGGGCAGCCCUGGACACUCUCAAAGUCUUGGAUACCUGUAGUCAGCUGUGGCUUUUGGCUUCAGCGGAGGGAGCUUCCUAG